AUGGCGCCUUUAAGAGACACGAGGCAUUUACACACUCUUGCCUCCAUCGACCGUUUAGCAAGGAACAUUUUAGGCUCGUGUGUUGCAGUGUUGGCGCACCCGGAGCCUGACCCCUUCCCUGUGCCGGAGGAGGAGAGCUAUGAUGACUACGAGUACGUGGAGGAGCCAGUGGAUUACGGACAGGCGCCGGAGUUCAUGUACCCUGAACCCCAGAACAUCAAGGGCGAGGAGGGAGGCAAGGUGACCAUUCCUUGCCAGCUCAGCAGUAAGGAAUCCCCCUACGUGCUCAUCGUGAAGAAAGAGAAGACGGAGACGGAGGAGGAGAAGCUGCUGUUCGUGGGCGAGGUGAAGGUUCUGCGCAGCCGCCGCUUCAAGCUCAACCACGGCAUGGUGGAGGUCUCCGGCUUGCGGCCGUCAGACACUGGGAACUACGUGUGUCGCAUCCAGGUGGAACCGCCCAUCGAGGUGGUGCACUAUGUGGAUGUGCAGUUCGCCCCCAAGAUCACCCACCACUCUGAGCAGGAGCAGCAGGUGGUGAAGGAUGAGAGUGUCAAGCUGGAGUGUGAGGCAAGCGGCAACCCGACCCCCACCAUCCGUUGGUCCAGGAAGGAAGGUCACCUGCCAUCCGGUGCCGAAGAGGAAGAGGGGUUGAGCAUGACCCUGGAGGGAGUGGACCGCCACGUGGAGGGAACCUACACCUGCACGGCUGACAAUGGCAUCGGAGACCCUGCCAGCGCCUCCAUGUCCAUCACUGUGAGCUACAAGCCAGAGAUCGUCACAGAGAAGACAACCGUGCGCACUGGUGAAGGGGACAAAGUGGAGCUGGUGUGCAUCAUCCACGCCCGGCCAGCGCCCCAGGUGGAGUGGAGCAAGGACGGCCAGCCCAUCGAGGAGCUUGGCCAAGUGGAGGAGCAUGACAAGGGUCACCGCCACUCCCUGCAGGUUAAUGGUGUCACCGAGAAUGACUUUGGGAAGUACGAGUGCCAGGCCACCAACGACCUGGGCACCGCCUCUGCUGCCAUCCAUCUCACAGGGUACCCCAAGCACCCCCAUGUGACCAGCGACCCCAACGGUGGUGAGGAGACAUCCUACACCCUUACAUGGGAGACAGAGAGCUACUACCCCAUCCUGGAGUACCGCCUCAGGUACCGCAAGGCCAAGGCCAACGACUCCACGGACCUGCCCGGAGACUGGGAGGAGGCAACCUACGAGGCGACGGAGCUGGAGACAGAGGGCCUGGUGCACCACAUGAAGCACACACUGGACGGGCUGCAGCCAGCCACGGACUACCACGCUGCCAUCCAGGUCAAGAACAAGUUCAACUGGAGCGCCAAUGCUGAGUAUGCCUUCUCCACCAAGAAAGUUCCACCCACCACCACCACCACUCCCUCUGCCACCCAACCCACCACCACCUCCACUCUACCCCCUUCCACCCCAGCUGGGGAUUCAGAGGGUGGAGUGGAAGGCACCAUCCCAGAGAUGACGGGGCACCAGAUGACGGGUGGCGCCCCGCUGUACAGUCUGAGUACCGUGGUCUUCCUGCUGCCCGCCUUGCUGCUCCUCAGGACUUAAACCUCUACUGGCACUAGUUCCUGCUACACCAGAUAGUUUCCACUGCCUCCUACAUCCUAAUUGGCCAAAGGAUCAAAUUGUCUGCUUCUCUGCUGUGGCCUCAAGCUUCCAUCUGUGGCCAGCCCAGUGUUUUGUAAUCUCAAGAAUCUUAAGCCACUAUAGUUUGCUGGAGUCCCUUGCUGCUUGAGUUCACACUCCUAGGUGUUGUAUUCCUCUGGUUAGCAGUCUGAAGAAAGUAGUAGCAUAGUGGUGUAAUGGAGGGUGUUGUUGGUGGGCAGUGGUGACAGCACUGUGGCACCGGCAGUGGUGGCGCUGCGGGUGCUUGGUUAGUCAUCUCAUGGUUGCUGGAGACGGUGCUUCUGAAUCACACUUCAGCGUCACAGGAGUAGUUUUUUGCAUUCUGUAAAGUAAAAAAGUAUGUUAUUCUCAUCUCGCACAUCUUAAAAGAAUACAACUGCCAGGGCUGAACUGAAGCAGAAGAUGGCAGCAAGCAAGACUUUCUUUUAUGGUUUAAGUCUGGAACAGGUAGCAUGUAACAAAGCUCAAAACAAGAAAUACAGUAGAAUACAAAAUUUUAAAACAAAAAUGGCUGAUUGACCAGUAAUGUGUGUGUGCAUGUGUGUGUGUGUAUGCAAGCUUUCAUGUAAGCCUGCUUUAAUGUGUGUGUGUGUGUGUGUGUGUGUGUGUGGGUGGGGAACCAGUCGGCUGUGGGGGGCACUCCUUCCUGAUGUGACGGUGGUGGUGGCUCGGCAGCAGAGGAGGCUCCCACACCUCACAUGGGGCAGUGAUCAGUUACUGCUGGUCUUCAGGUGGUCAGGUCAGACUCCUCUGCUGCCCCACGACCCAGCCUGGUGUGUUCCCUGCACACAAGAAUGGAGGCAGAAGUCUGAGUGGUAUAUUCAUUUAGUGUUAUUUUUUAGUAAGAUGCAAAGAUUUCAGUAGAUGGGUCAGCUUGGCCUUAGAUGUGAGCAUUGCAUAGAACUAUACAAUUUGGUGUUUGAUAUAUACAUACAUAAAUACCACUCAUUCUGUCAAACUGGGUUAUUUUCAUAGUGAGGUUUUAAUCCCCACAUUAACUUGCCCUCACAGGAGAUGUACCCGAGGCCACCAGUGUAGCGUGGUGGGCGUGCAGGCAUCUCUGUGUAUAUAUGCAUAUAAUGGAUCUUUUCCUUGCUCCCUCUCUCAGUCAAACCGGCAAAGCCACACCAGAACAUAUUUUAAUGGAUGUUUGGAGGAUCAGUCACUCUUGGUUCUGGAGGAAAUUUCCUACUAGUGUGCCACUGGGUCACCUUGGCGAACAGCACCCGUGUUUCUGAAAUAUUCACUAAAAUGUAAGCCUUGAAACCAUGAAAAUGUCAUCUUUAUAAAUAAAUAUUUGAUAUUAACAGAGCUGCAGUUCUGAGGUGAAGCUGAACAUAGACAAGCUCCAGGUGCUGCAAAAUGAUCAGCUGCUCUGGCAUUUUGAUUAAUCACAUCCUAGAUGAGAAAAUUGUCUUUCUAGUGAUCAUUCUAGGCCUCACACAAAAAAUUGAAAAAUUCUUUGAGAAAUCAUGUUUAAUAUGCUAUCCAGAAAUUAGUGAUGAAAAUUACCAGAAGAAAUCUCAGUUAUGAAAAUCUCAAAAUAUUGCUAAAGACAUUUUUAACUUCACUAAACACUAGUUUUUGGGCAUCAUUCCCUUCAUUCUCAAAAAUAAAUAAAAAAUAAAAAAAUGCAAUACCUGCACUCCUCUCACGUACAGAAGGCGGUGCAGGAGUAAACAUCUCUGGCACGGCUGUUGUGGAGGCAGGUGUGAGUGGCCAGGCUGAGAUGGGUGUCAUGGGUUGUGGCAAGGCAAUGUCAUCAGUGCCUUCUGGUUCAUCUUGUAGCUGUAUAUGUGGCCGUUUGCUUUCUUUACCAAGGCACUGUGGAUCUGGUUCAAUGAUGCAGUGACCCUCUGCCCUGAUGCUGAGUUUUGUUUCCCCUUACCAGUCUCGUCCAGUCAUCUGGACUGUCAUCAGUGUGAGGCGCCCACGCGUGGCCGCCCGGGUGUUGCUUAUCUAAGAAAACUAAUCCUACAAAAUGUUAGGUUUAGGGUCCUGUCCUUGAGUUUGAUAAUUACUAAAUGUUUCUUAAUAGCAAUAUAGUUAAAAAGAUUUUCCAUGCCGCACACCAUCACAAAACAACAGUAGCAGCAUCAUCGCGUUCCUCCAAGUCUUGAGUUGAACAUUCCGUAAAGGGGAGGCCGCGGCGCCCUCUGCCGGCCUGGCCUGCAGCCACACCCCAGCCCUGGUGACUGACUCCAGCACUGGCUAUUGGAAGGGAUCUCAAGGACUUCAGCUCUGAUAAGCAAUCUAUUAAAUUCAUCAUCUCCUACAGCUGCUGUAGGAAAUGCCCCACCAGAGGGUUUGGGGAACUGCGCAAAAAUAUUGACAGAGCUGCACAAAUUUAGUUUUGGAGCUUGACCAACAUAUUAAUCACCUUGUCUUCAACAAAUUAAUCAUAAUACCUAAUUAUAUAUAUAAAAAAAAAUGGUAUAAGUAAGAUUUUUUCAGCUAUGGUGGUCUUUGAAAGGUCAUCUGAGUUUUAAGAUAUUUAGAUACUAAAGUUUCCUAGCAGCAGCGCUGGCCAGCUGUGGCGCCGCCUGAGCAUUGUACAUAGUAGGAGUGAGGGGAUGGGAUGAGCUGGAGUCUGGCUCAGCUUGGUGCAGACGACAGCCACGCCAGAUGGCACUGUCAAUGAUGCUUCAAAGAACAACAUGGAAAUCUCACACCAGAAAUUACAAUUCUGAAGGAUAACCAGGAAAUUACAGAUCAAAUUACAAUAGUCAAUGCUGCUUUCUCAAACUCCUAGCACAAAGAAUUAUACACAAAGAAAGAUAACCAGAUUUCAAGAGCAUAGUAUAACCCAAAAUUAAAUCUCAAACUGACAUUGAUGUUUGGCAGAUAACGCAUCAAUAGCAGAGAGAAAAAAACAGUUCACCUUCACAAGCACCUGGUGUCUGCCAUGCUGCCGGGCCCUUGGGAUUCAUUAAAGCAAGGCGGCACCUGUGAAAGUGAACAAUGAACAGCUAUAAAUUUAACAGAACAAUUCAGCUAUUCAGGUUAACCUUUCCUCAGUCAAGGGAGAAAACUGAGUGCUUCUGUAAUCAGUCAAGGGAAAACCUCAGUGCCCCUAUGGUCGGUGAAGGGAGAAGCAGUGCUAUAAUGAGCAGCAGUUCCUGAAUGGCGCGGCUGUGGUGCUGUGCUGCAGUGACGGUGGUGGUGUCAGACACAGCCACCGGGGUGUACAGACUUGGCUCCAUCCCAUCCCCACACGCAAAAAAAAAUAAAUAAAUAAUAAUAAUAAUAAUUUGUGACGGUUGUAGCCUCAAUCUUGAGAAAAUUUUAUUUAUUCUUUUGUGAGUUCUUUGUACAUUGUGAAAUGUGUAAAACUUUUUAAAUUAAAGUGGAGUAACAUCCUA